AUGUCCAUGUACUUACAUGCAUACUAGGGUAGCUCGGGUAGCUUAGUAGAUGAAGGGUCCGCUCCGGAGACCUGCUCUACCCUGCCAAGACGUGGCGGCGAUAUUCGGAAUCUAAGCCACUUGGAGGAAUGAAAACACGGGGAUCAGUGGAGGGUCGAGGACCAAGAUGGGGCAAGGAGGGGCGCGUUCAAGUCAAGGGGCGCUCUAGUUCUCCUCAGGUGUCGCCCAGGCUCACGUCGACUCAACACUCGGCAUUCUCAUCGCUGGUUAUAUCUCAGUUCCCUUAUCAUUAGGGGUAUCUUGUCCCGCACAUCCCCAUAUUUCCGCUCCCACAUCCGCGGCUCCUUCGCCAUUGCAGGCCAUUGCUUCCUGUGUCUUAGCACUGCCGAUAUGGUUUUCCCUGGUCGGUUCAGCACGGGCUGUAAGCGCUGUCGACAGCGCAAGGUCAAAUGCGACGAGGGUAGGCCAUCAUGUCGGCGCUGCAUCAUCUACGGGAAGCCGUGCCCGGGUUACUCUGAUCAGUUUCACUUCCGCUUCGACAAGGCCUCCUCGAAGCAAGGGAGUUCGUCGCGGCCAGAGAAGAGCCCGGAAGAAUCCUCUGUGCCGGGUACGGCACGGGCGCAACAUCAUAAGACCAACAAUAAUCGUGCUGUGGUACGGGUAGCCAGUAGGCCAAGAUCACCUAGCAUCACACCCCAACCCGAGGUCUCGUACGAUGACGUAUCAUUGUGCUACUUCGUUCGUCGCUUCGUGACGCCGAAUGAUGAUGACAGCCUUCCGGGCCAUUUGAGCUUCCUUCCAAGCCUCUUCAACCACAGCGGCCAUGGAGUUCUGGAACUGGCCACGUUAAGCGUUGCCCAGAUGGCAGCCUAUAAUCAAUUCCGCGGCGACAAAUUUCGGCUGCAGUCGUACCAAAAUUAUGGACGCGCCCUACAAGCAUUACGGAAAACUAUACAGACCGAAGAAGAAGUCACUGAUGAUAGGGUUCUUGCCGCGGUCUUGCUGUUGUGCAUGUUCAAAGACAUUGGUGAAGAGAGCUGGGGUGACCCGAGCGAACAUGUCUCCGGCUUAUACUACCUUCUUGAAAAGAGAGGUAUAGAGCAACUCUGCACGAGCAGGGGAUUUGAGUUGUUCCUCCUGGCACUUUUGAGAUUACAAGUAUAUACUUUUCUACAUCAAGACAACAAGUAUAGUGACCCAGGAGGCUUAGUGGCGUUGCUCGGCCUCCUCGACCCAAUGAUGCGCGCUAUGUCUUUGAUGACGAAGACCCUAUGUUUGCGGCACAACCUACUGGAAUAUGCUUCGAGAUUUGAGAAAGAUCAGGGGUUGGGAGGGUUAUCGCCAUCGGGAAGCCAAGAGGGCCCAGAAGAGGCGGACCAGUCCACGCUACGUGCUUGUUUUGAGGCUCUCGAAGAAUUCGAUAGCUGGGAUAUAGAGGCUGAGCCAUACUGGAAGAAUAUUUUUGCUGGCCGGAUCAUGCCGGCUGCCUUGGGCGAACUUGCUACAAGGGGGACUUAUUAUGACCCGAAAACCGCAUGCAUCAUAAUAUUGGUUCGUGCUGCUCGUCUGAUACUUCUGUUGAGUAUACUGGAGUAUUACGAUGUGAUAAACAUGUCUUGUGGAGAGACGGAGACUUGGAGGCUUGGUGAUAAGACGGCAUGGGCGAACUGUAUUCCUGUGCUGGAGACAACCAUUCGCUUAGCUAUUGACGAUAUGCUAUACUGCGUGCCAUUCGCCAUGGGAGACCGCGGUCCUGACGGAGGCCCCGUCUCCGGUCCCCAGGAUGGGGCUGCUGCAUUGGUCGUGCUCCAACCGAUACGGCUGGUCACAUACUGCGCUUAUGCAACAACUGAGCAGAGACGGGCCAGUCAAGAUAUUCUGAAUCGCAUGAAAUCCGCUAUCGGAAUUAGGGCCGCUAUGUCAUGGGAGCAACAAGCAGCCAUGGGCUCUUCGGCACCGCAACGGCGCGGAACUCAAAGUUUGGUCCGUGCUAUGGGAAUGUUAGCAAUGCGUGAAUCAGCUAGUGUGUCGCCGUCCUCUCAUUAGUAGCGAUCAUCACGGGCGAGGCACUAGGAUAUUUUGCUGGAAGCCGUAAUCCUGAAUUGUUCAUCCGCGGUGAUCAGCCUUGCGGAAUCAGCCCAGAUUUUAAAUUUUCUACGACGCCGAGUCAACUAGUCUCCCAACACUAAGUAGCUCUCAUGAGAAUUUUGUGUACUGUCAUGAGAUAAGGGCUACAGAAGGACACUUCAUGUCCUAAGGAACAAUCAUAUACCACAUCACGUUCUUUUGGUACUAGUUUGCGAAGCUCUUUGUCGUGCGGGCAGUUCACGAACAGGGUGUCGUCGAGAGGAUAAUGGAAAGUAUGUGAUAAUAUUAUAUAAUAUAAUUAAUAGAGAUUAUUCAAGGGUAGAUGAAGGACCGAUACAUCUAAGUUAUGUACUAGGUAGGGGACCUAUCUCGCGAGCCAUGUUCGCGAAUUGAGUAUAUAUGACAUAUCUAAGUAACCUACGUAGAAAC